AUGUUGAAAGCAAAUCCAGAAUUUUUGUUGAUCCGUAACAGUGAAGGAAUGAGCAUAUUCCAAUGUGCUGUCCUCCAUCGUCAGGCUAAAAUUUGUAGCCUUAUAUACGAGUUAGAAGGGGUGGAAGCUCUACUAGCUGAGCGUGAUAAAUCCGGCAAUACUAUAUUGCAUCUGGCAGGAAUGUUAACAGAACACACUCCUAUUUAUGAUCAGAUAGCAGGGGCAGCUUUGCAAAUGCGAAGAGAAGUACAAUGGUUUAAGGAUGUGGAAAGUAUUUGCCUACCCAUCACUAGGGAACUUUUAAACGAUCAAGGUUUGACUCCUAGACAAGUGUUUAGAAAAACGCAUCUCAGUUUGAAGGAAAAUGCAAAGCGAUGGAUGAAAGAAACAACAAAUUCUGGUUUAGUGGCAGCCACACUAAUUGUUACCCUCAUGUUUACAACAGCAUUUACUACUCCAGGUGGUAAUAGUGAAGAGACAGGCUUGCCAGUUCUCAUAAAUGACACACAAUUUAAGAUCUUUAUGGUAACUGUUUCAGUGUCACUCUUUUCUUCUUCGGUUUCAUUAUUGAUGUUUUUGAGACUCUUCACCUCACGUUACGUAGAAGAAGACUUUCUUAUAUCAUUGCCCAUAAAAAUGACGAUAGGAUUUUUCGCUCUUUUCAUCUCCAUCGGAACUAUGAUUGCGGGCUUUUGCCUUGCCAUUACACUUCAGUUACAGGGACAAAGAUCGAUUCUCAUUCCUAUCAUUCUUUUGGUUGCUUUUCCCCUUUGGACAUUUUCGUGGGUGUUCAUUCCACUUCUUGAUGCCGUUGUGGGUUCAAGCUUUCGAUCAAGGAUCUUCGAUAGAAAAUGA